CGCAUGUUAGAACAAAGACUCGAUGCAUGACCCCCUAUCCAUGUCCGCUUGUUAGGCCUGUUUUACGUCGCAAACUUUACUAGUUCCUAUGGCAGUUGCUCUCCCUCCCAACAUUUAAAAACCCGUUAUCCAUACCUUCUCAACUAACGAACUUCCACUUUCUCCUUCUCUGCCGCGCCAAAUCACUUCACUUCUCCUGUUCUCCACACUCAAUAAUGUCUCUCCACACGAAACCCUCAAAAACUUCUCCUCCACCUCCUUCAAUUCCCGACCUCAGGCAUCGCGUCCUCACCUCCCUCAACAAGCUCUCCGACCGCGACACUCUCUCCUUGGCCUCUUUAGAGCUUGAGUCAAUUGCGCGCACUCUCUGUCCCGACUCCUUCUCUCCCUUCCUCAACUGUCUUCACACCAUCGAUUCCUCCUCCAGGUCUUCCGUCCGUACGCAAUGCGUCAAUCUCCUCACUGUAAUGAUAACUUCUCAUGGAAAUUCACUAUCCCCUCACCUUCCUAAGAUCGUCUCCACCGUCCAGAGACGGUUAAGGGACUCCGAUUCUGCUGUGCGAUCUGCUUGCGUUGAUGCCUGCACUGCGAUGUCGGCUCAGAUCACUUCGUCGCCGUUCUCGGUCAUUUCGAAGCCUUUGAUCGAGUCGCUUGUGGUCGAACAGGAAGUGAACUCGCAGGUCGGUGCAGCGAUGUGCUUGGCUGCUGCGAUUGAGGGGGCGCCGGAGCUGGAGCCGGAGCAGCUGAGGAAGUUGUUGCCGAGGUUGGGGAAAUUGAUGAGGAGUCAGGGGUUUAAGGCGAAGGCGGCGGUGUUGGGGGUUAUAAGGUGUGUUGUUGGAGUUGGAGGAGCGAAGAGUAAGGGGACGUUGGAUGCAUUGGUGCCGUGUGUGGUGGAGUUUUUGAGCAGCGAGGAUUGGGCCACGAGGAAGGCCGCUGCGGAGGCGUUGGGGAAGGUGGCGGUGGCAGAAAGGGAAUUGGCGAAGCAGUACAAGGCGGCGUGUAUGAAUGCUCUGGAGAGUAGAAGGUUUGAUAAGGUAAAAGUUGUACGGGAGAGCAUGAAUCGCACGUUGGAAUUGUGGAAGGAGAUUCCUGGUAUUGAUGAGCAGCAGAAGGGUUUGCUUCCAUCUCAAUCCAGAUCUUCUUCUUCUUCUGACUCGUUUGUGACCACUGCCAAGAAAAGUAGUCCUCCAUUGAGUACUAGCAGAAGUUCAAGUUCAAACACACAAGCAAUUCAUAAGCUGAAUCAUAAGAAAACCUCUGAAUGGAAAAUUGGAAUUGCUGGACCCCAUUCACCAUCUUCAACAGCAGCUUGUGAGGACAAUUUCAAAAGGUGUGAAUACAGAAAUCUGGAGCCCGUAGACAGUGGGAACAAUGAAAAUUCUACCACAGAAACGAAACAAUUUCUCUUUAGCAAGAUCCGUGAUGACAAAAUGCAUAAAUUUGUUGGUUUGAGAUCCGGGUCUCGGGUGGUUCCCUUUAAUGAUAAUCAUUGUUCAGAUGUUGUAGUCAGCAAUGGUAUGGAUGAAGUUUACUCGAACCAAAAAGAUGCUGAGGAUCUCUCUUUGAUCCGCGAACAGCUCGUUCAGAUUGAAAACCAGCAAUCCAGUCUAUUGGAUCUUCUUCAGAGAUUCAUUGGGAGUUCGCAGAGUGGGAUAAAUUCUCUUGAGACUCGUGUUCAUGGCCUGGAGAAGGCAUUGGAUGAAAUAUCAUAUGACUUGGCGGUAUCAAAUGGAAGAAUUCCCAACCCUGAUUCUUCAGACAAUACCUGUUGCAAGCUUCCCGGUGCAGAAUUCUUGAGUCCCAAGUUCUGGAGGACGGAAGGUCGAUACUCUACUUCUAGAUACAUGUCUUCUGGCAGCAUGAGUAAAGAAGCCAACGCUGAAAUAUACAAGCUGGAUGGCCAAAGUUUUCCACGCAGAAGUAGGGGAGGAUUUAUCAUGAACCCAUUGGCAGAUUUUCGCAGCAACUCCAUUGGAAAUUCAGCUCCCCAUCCAAAUUUUAUAUCUAGAGGAAAUGCUGAGAUACCACAAGUUCUAGGUAUCCAUGGGCUUGAUUGAUGGAGAUUCAUCACUUACUUGUACAACACUAUAGAACCCAAGCAGAAGGUAAUUGCACAUCUUAUCUACACUUGUUUUGUAUUGUGCUGUAGUGCAAUCUGCCUAUAUCUCAUCUUUCAAAAAGCUUGAAAACUGAUAGAUAAUACUCUCUCUGUGUUUUCAUUAUAUAUGAUACA